UUUGUCACCUACACCCACCCACACCGCACUCAGCCAGCUAACGCUUUUGCUUCUGCAAAAGUGACGACCUCAUAUAAAGGCAGCAAGAGAAGUCUUGAGCUAUUGAAAUCGGUAUGAAAAACUACUUCAUAGAAUCUGAACACUCUCAAGGUCGUAAAGAGAACGUAUCUCGGGCUCGAAAAAUGGCUCAGAACUACCUUCAAAUGCCGGAACGUGGGCUUGAGCAUGGUAGCACUGCUCUGAGCUCGCUCGGCUGCAUCCUCCACCUUCCGAACCAAAUCACCCCAAAGGGAAAUAAGGAAAGAGAGGAAGGAUACAUUUUAUCUCAAAGGUGGACUCGGCGUUCCUCUUUAUGGAAUCUUAUUACUGACUCGUGUUUGUAAGAGUCGGCACCCUUCUGCAUCGGCUUUCUCGCUGUGGCUAAACUCGCUCGCGGCAUAUUACACUUCUCGAAUUUGUUGAUUGUUAUAAGGAUCUGGCCUUGCCAUUCAUGGGCAUGAGGUAGAUAUCAAUCUGUGAUUUCGGGGGAUCAUUUAUCAACAUUUAUUGCAACCUGAACUUCGAUUUUAGACUCUCUGGAUUUCCAUGAGA